AUGCCCAUAGUGAGAUUAAUCCCCGCAGAUUAUACAGUUAAGAAUUUCUUCAAGAACUAUGAAGUUUCCAUUUUGAAGAAUGAAUCAUAUAAAUGGGGUAUUCGCUUGACAAGAAAGGAUGGUAUCACUGAGAAUGAAAGAAUCAUGCGAGAUGUUGAUUUUCAUGACCCUACUAAUAACUCCGCUAGUAAGUCAAAAGAUACUCGUUGGGUGGAGUAUCCUAUUGUCUUGGCUGGUCCCCACAUAUCUGGUAGAGACGAAAAUGGUUUAACUCUUCCGCUUCCUGCGGAUUUUUCCGCUUACAAUCCUUGGGUGUUCAGGUGGACUGAGGAACUUGACGUUGCUGCGAAAUUGAAGAAGAAGGCUAAGAAAACGUCUCAAGUGUCACCUUCGCAGGAUAAUGAAGUGGAAGCUGUAGGUGCUAAGGGUAAGGUCUUAAUUUGCUUAUUAUCAGAAGCAAUGGAUUUUGUUACUCCCAUCAUCGACAUAAUCUCACGUCUAUGGAAUUGUUCUGCUACACAUAGAAAUUAUCUCUUUGAGCUAAAACAAAAUUUAAAUGCUUUAGAGAGUUCCUUCACGAAACUGAAAGAUCGAAGAGAUGAUGUGAAGGCAAGGGUUCGUACUGCGGAGUCAAACCCAAUGGAGCCAGCAAAACGUACCCAUGAAGUUAGUGGUUGGCUCCAAAGAGUAGAAACCUUGGAACAAGAAAUAGAAAACAUACUGCAACAAGGUAUCAGGAAUGAAGGAGAAAGCUAUUUUAGGUUCUGGGGUCAAAAAAACUGUUGUAAUGGUUACAAACUUGGUAAGAUAGUGGUGGAAAAGCUAAACAAUGCCAACAAAUUCUGGAAUGAAGGUGUCUUCCAAGUCUUGGUUGAUAAAUCUGAAGCCGAUGUUGUUCGAGAGAUGUCCACAAACCGAGUUGUGGCAAUGGAGUCAAAGUUGGAGGAAAUAUGGAAGUUGUUGGCUGAUGAGGAAAGUCUUGUGAGAAUUAUCGGCGUUCAUGGAAUGGGUGGAGUCGGAAAAACAACUCUUCUGAAGAAUGUAAACAAUGAGUUUCUGAAAAGAAACCAUCAUUUUGAUAAAGUCAUUUGGGUUGUGGUUUCUCAAGUUUUAAACAUUAAAAUUAUUCAAAAACAAAUGGGGAAGUCACUCGGGUUGUCAUGGUCAGAGGAAACAAAUAUAUAUGAUAGAGCCUUUGAUAUAAUGCAAGUGUUAAAGAAGAAAAGUUUUGUGUUGUUGUUGGAUGAUAUAUGGGAAAGAGUUGAUUUACAAAUAAUUGGGAUUCCAAAUGUCAAAAUUACAACUCAAGAACUAACCAAGUCUAGAGUUAUAUUCACUACCAGAUCGGAGUCUGUGUGUGGGUUUAUGCAAGCUGAUGAGAUUAUCAAAGUAACUUGUUUAGAUUGGGAUGAUUCGUGGCUUCUUUUUCAACAAAAUGUCAGCGAAAGAGCGCUAAGUUUCCAUCCAGAAGUAUCAGAGCUUGCUAUAAAAGUUGCGAAAGAAUGUCUAGGUCUUCCUCUAGCACUAGUAACUAUUGGUAUGAAGGAUAGAGUAUUAGCAAUAUUGAAGUUCAGCUAUGAUAACUUGGAAAAUGAAAAAAUGAGGUCUUGUUUCUUAUAUUUCUCGUUAUACCCAGAAAACUAUGCAAUUCAAAAAGAAGAAGUAAUUAAACUUUGGAUAGGAGAAGGAUUCUUAGAUGAAGUGGAUGAUAUAAAUGAAGUCUAUAACGAAGGUCAUGAUGUUAUUGAAAGUCUCAGAAGUGCAUGUUUGUUAGAUAGUGGGAAUAGUAAAAAUGAGGUCAAGAUGCAUGACGUAGUUCGUAGUUUGGCAAUUUGGAUAGCCUCGGACCUUGGAAGAAAAAAAGGUAAGUACUUAACUCAUACGAUCCAUGAUAUAGUUUACAGAUGUGAAAAGGCAGAGAAGAUCUGUAUGGUAGAUCAUAAAUAUGGUGCAGUUUUUUAUGGAAAACCAAAUUGGUUGAAUCUCUCAACUCUAUUGCUUCAAAGAAGUAACCUGAAUGGUAUGUCUAACGACUUUUUUCAAUUUAUGCCGAUGCUGAAAGUUUUAGAUAUGUGUGGUACAAGUAUCAAUAAGCUCCCAGAAAGUAUUUUUUCUCUGAAGGAAUUACAGUAUUUAGAUCUAUCAUAUGUAUCUGGUGUAACUGAACUAACUUGGGGGUCUCUAGUUUCACUUCCAAAAUUAAAAGUGCUCGACUUAUUUAAUACAAGCGUAUUCAACUGGGAAAGAGGAUCAAGAAUAAGCGAAUUGGAAAGCUUGAAAGAUUUAUAUUAUCUCGGAAUCAACCUACAAACAGAUCUUGCUCUUCAAAUAUUAGUAAGUAGUCAAAUAUUGUGUCUAUGCACAAACUGGUUAAAAUUGUUUCAUUGUGCCGGUUUGAAAACCCUCGUUUUAUCACAGCCGUCUUUUCCACCAUCAUCACAAAUAUCACUAGUGGUUAGUCUGGCAAACAUGGUUCGUUUAAAAACACUUGAUCUGGAAAGGUGUUUUAAUUUAGAAGAGUUAAGAAUCGUGAAUCGGGUAGGUAUGGAAGAACAUACGGUUAAUUUGUUCACAACUUUGGAGACAUUUAGCAUGGAUGGCAUGCUGAAGUUUAAGAUUGUGCUAGAUGUGCCUCCACGGUCGAGGUUCUGCUUUGCGAACCUUAAAUAUGUAAGUAUUAGGAGAUGUCCAGAAUUGAAGAAGGUAAUGUUUAACACCAAUACUGUGAUCCUUCAGACAUUAAAGAAGAUUGAAGGAGAGAAGCAAUGGUGGGAAAGCCUAGAAUGGGAAGAUGAAACCACCAAAUCUAAUCUUGCUCCUUAUUUUCGUGAAUCUAAUUAG